AUGGCUGCACAGUAUGCUCAGCAAAUGCAAAACAUGUCAGGCAACCAGAUGCGACAAUUCCCACCGCAAAUGCAGGCACAGUUACAACAAAUGAUGAGAUUGAACCAGAUGAACGGCCAGAUGGGCAACAGUCCUAUGCAACGUCAGGCCAGCGAGCAGAUGAUGAAUGGCAAUAACAUCAACAUGCAAACUUACCAAGCAAUGCAACAGGCUCAGCAGCAACAGGCUCAGCAGCAACAGGCCCAGCAGCAGCAACAACAGCAACAGAGUCAACAUCAAAUGGGUCAAAUGGGACAGAUGGGACAGAUGGGUCAAGGAACCGUCCAAGCCCAAGUUCAGCAGCACGCCAGAAUAGUCUAUCAAAAAAUGGUGGCACAUGCAAUUACCAAGCAUGGGUCAGUGGACAAAAUCCCGCCCGAUCUAAUGCUGAAGAUAAAGACUGCAAGUAUGAAUCAAGCCACAAGUGCUGUCCAACAAAAUCUUCAGCGGAGGCAACAGGCCCAACAGCAGCAGCAGCAGCAAAUGAUAAUGCAUCAGCAGCAGCAGCAUCAGCAGCAGAUGCAACAGAUGCAGCAGCAGCAGCAACAGCAAAUGCAGCAGCAACAAUUGCAGCAGCAGAUACAGCAGCAGCAGCAGAUACAGCAACAACAUUUACAACAACAACAAAUGCAAGGGAUGAAUGGCAUGAUGGGUGGCCAGGGGAUGUGA